AUGAGGACUUCUAAUACAUCCAUGCUGCCUUCUCAAAGUAAUGACCUAUCCAGGUGUGAAAUGGGGCUGAAGAAAGAGCUGAGAGAGAUGCUACCAAUAAUCGUGUUCAAGAAAAGCUUUUUUGUCAAAGAGACUCAAUGCUCGGUGUGCCUUGGGGAUUACCUAGGGGAAGAUAGACUUCAGCAAAUACCAGCGUGCGGGCAUACGUUUCACAUGUACUGCAUCGACCUCUGGCUAUCGACACACACCACUUGCCCCCUUUGCCGCCAGUCCCUCCUUGCUGCUUCUACUAAAGCACCGGAUAGUGCUGAAGGUUUCGAAACAAGUUCUUUACAUGUGGAGAAUGACGAUGAAAUGUCUCGUCAACAGACUAAUGAAGACCCUCAAACUAGCCAGCAGCCUCCAGAGUCUGAGGACAGAGAUGAAAGAGUUGUUCCCACAGUUGUUCAAUAUGCUGAGGUUGAAAGGGGUACAGAGACUGCCAAGUGA